UGUUGUGCAGAGCUGCAGAAGGCCCUGACAGAGCCAGCUAGACAGAGAGAGAAGGAAGGGUGAGAUACAGAGACAGACACACUGUGGAUCGAGAGCCUGUGAAUUCAUUUCAUCACCCAGUUCAACCAGCGACACCAGAGAGGAAGGAGACAAAGGGAAGAGGGAGACGAGAGGCAGCCUCAGUGAAAGCAGGGGAAGUGAGAGAGAGGCAAGGUGAAGGAGAAGAAGGAAGGAAGGAAAGGGAGGGAGGAAGGAGGCUCAGGCAUGAGGAGGGGCGCCUGACAUUGCUGCUCUCGCUAUCAGCUCACACAGACACACACAUCGACACAGGCACACACACUCUCAGACAGACUGUGCACGGCACAGAAGCUGCUCUUUUAUUAUCCUUUUGUGGAGCCUUGCCCUCCAUCCUUUCAUCUCCUCCAAGCAAGAGGACAAGAGAGACACAGAGAGAGGAGGAAGAGGAGGAGGUAGAAGGACGAGGAGGAGGAGAAGGAGGGGAGGCAGUAACCCUCUCCUCUCCUUGACUCAGACACACAGCUGGGAGAGAUAGGGAAGAAGAGUAGAAAAAAAGAGAGAAAGCAGCUUUCUGUUCUAUUUCGCCGUCUCCUGUGGUCCCUCGGCCAGAGAGCGGCUAACAGGCACCGCUCAUGUCCGUGAACUCGGAGAAAUCCUCGUCCCCCGAAAGGCCUGAGACCCAGCAGAAAGCCCCGGUGAGUGCCCCUCCUCCCCCGCCACCCCCUCCACCUCCCCCUGAACCGGCAGGGCCACCAGAGCCGGAGGAGGAGAUCCUGGGCUCCGACGAUGAGGAGCAGGAGGACCCCGCGGACUACUGCAAAGGAGGGUACCAUCCGGUGAAGAUCGGGGAUUUGUUCAACGGGAGGUACCAUGUGAUCAGGAAGUUGGGGUGGGGCCACUUCUCCACCGUAUGGCUGUGCUGGGACAUACAAGUGAAGAACUUUGUGGCGAUGAAGGUGGUGAAGAGCGCCCAGCAUUACACAGAGACGGCCCUGGAUGAGAUCAAACUGCUGCGAUGUGUGAGAGAGAGCGACCCCAACGACCCCAACAAGGACAUGGUGGUUCAACUGAUAGAUGACUUUAAGAUCUCUGGAGUCAACGGCAUACAUGUGUGUAUGGUGUUUGAAGUGCUGGGUCACCACCUGCUAAAGUGGAUCAUUAAAUCCAACUACCAAGGUCUGCCGCUGCCAUGUGUCAAGAGCAUUAUCAGACAAGUCCUGCAGGGUCUGGACUACCUCCACACAAAAUGUAAAAUCAUCCACACGGACAUCAAGCCGGAGAACAUCCUUAUGUGUGUGGAUGACGUCUUUGUCAGGCGUAUGGCCAUGGAGGCAACUGAAUGGCAGAAAGCUGGAGCCCCACCACCAUCUGGAUCAGCAGUUAGCACAGCCCCCCAGCUCAAACCGGUGAGUACAACUGAUGUGGGAAAGAUCUCCAAAAACAAGAAAAAGAAGCUGAAGAAGAAACAAAAGCGGCAAGCCGAGCUGCUGGAAAGGCGGAUGUUGGAGAUCGAAGCCCUGGAGAGAGAGGCGGAGAAACGGGAAGAGCGAGCCAAAGAGGGGGGAGAGAAAGGGGCACUUGAACACGACCUGCCGUCGCCGCUGCAGCAGCCACAACCAGAGCUGGGUCCCAGCAUGGCCCUGGGAGAGAGCGACGACGAUGAUGACGAUGAGGAGGAUGGCGAAGACGAGGAGGAGGAGGGAGGAGAGAGGGAGAGGCCCAUCCGGCUGACUAAUCAUACAUGUGCAGCACCUCCCCAGGAGCAGAGCGAGGCACUUCACAUCACCGAUGAAGAACCUGAUGAGGAGGUGGAAGAGGAGGAUGAACCUACGCCCAUUGCUGAAAAAGAUGCCCCCAUUCCCCCCGUCUCAGAGGAAGGUAAUGGAGAUCCAACACAAACAGAUGUAGAGCAAGAGGAGCGGGAGGAGCAGGAAGAGGAGGAGGAGGAGGGAUUGAAAGGGACAGAGAAUGAGGAGGAGGAGACGGAGGAGAAGGUAGAGGAGGAGGAGGUGGAGGAGGAAGAGGAGGAGGAAGAAGACGAAGAAGAGGAGGAGGAGGAUAAAGAGACUGAGACAGAGGAGAAUGAGACAGAGGAGCCAAAGAGUGAGAGCAAAGCAGAGGAGGAGGCAGUGGUGGAAGAAGAGGAGUUAAAGGAGCAGGAGGGGGAGGGGGAGGAGGAUGAGGAAGAAGGGGAGGAGGAAGAUGAAGAAGAUGACGAGGAUGAUGACACAACCGCUGACCUCGUCACGGACAACAUCUCGCCCAUCAAACCCCACAACAAUAAAACCAAUUCGGCCAAAACCAAUGGGCAUGUUUUGCUGGGAUCUGAAGGAUUGAAACCGAACCCUGGCACAACUCUGCCUCCUUCGCCCACCCCCGAGCCUCUCCUCUGCCCCCUGGUGGAGUCCGAGCUCAGCUACACAGACAGGGACAACUCUCUCAGUUCAGGCUAUGAGAUGUAUAACGGCGAACUGGGCGAGUCAGGACUGACCAACGGCUCCAGUGAGCGCCAUCUGGGCGCACUGCCCAUUUUCCCUGACUUGCCCUUGGAUCCUGAGCCAGGAAACCCCAUUUCUGUUGGGACAGCAGACAUCGGUGCAGGACCUUUACCAAACAGCCCCACUGCAGACCGCAGCCGUACUGUGUCAUCCUCCAGCACAGGAGACACACCCAAAGUCAGGGCCAGAGCUGCAGACCUCCUGAUCAACCCUCUGGACCCUCGCAACGCCGACUCUAUUCGAGUCAAAAUUGCUGAUCUCGGAAAUGCCUGCUGGGUGCAUAAGCAUUUUACAGAGGACAUCCAGACGAGACAGUACCGUUCCAUUGAAGUCCUGAUAGGAGCCGGUUACAGUACUCCUGCUGACAUCUGGAGCACUGCCUGCAUGGCGUUUGAGCUGGCCACAGGAGAUUACCUGUUCGAACCCCACUCUGGAGAGGACUACUCCCGUGAUGAGGACCACAUAGCCCACAUCAUAGAGCUGCUGGGCUGUAUUCCGAGGCACUUUGCGCUCUCCGGAAAAUAUUCCCGGGAGUUCUUCAACAGAAGAGACCACAUCGCUCUGAUCAUGGAGCUCCUUGGGAAGGUCCCACGCAAAGUGGUCGCUGCCGGGAAGUACAGCCGAGAGUUUUUCUCCAAGAAAGGUGAGCUGCGGCACAUUACCAAGCUGAAGCCGUGGUCCUUGUUCGACGUGCUGGUGGAGAAGUACGGCUGGUCGCACGAAGACGCCGGACACUUCACUCACUUCCUUCUGCCCAUGCUGGAGAUGGUCCCCGAGAAGAGGGCCUCGGCCGGCGAAUGCCUCAACCACCCCUGGCUCAACUUGUAGCCACAAACUCUGAUCAAUCGCCCUCCUCCUUUGUUCCCCCCUCCAACCGUUAGCCCAAACAUCCCCCCCUGGUGGCACCCUGUGGAACCACAAUAUGGAGAGUUGAGAAAGACUCCCUUCCUGCCCAAUCGCACACAUCCAUUACAUGCUAACCUGACUAGGCUUGCCUCCCACACAUCUUUUCCCAAAAGGAAUGUAAAGACAAGUCUUGGAGAUAACAUGACAUAGCAGCUGUGUCUUCCUAAACAUCUCCCAAAAGGAAUCGGAUCAUUAGAGGGUGGAUGCUGGCCACGUCCUAAAAUGGGAGAAGUCAGGGUCUGUGUGAAAGAAACGUGCUUUCUUCUUCUCUUCUGCCAUCAAGAUGUCAGCCAGUCUCUUUCAUCUGUCUACUUAUCCCUUCCCAAUUCUCAGUUUAACCUGCUUGGAUGCAGUCACGACCCACUGACAGCUGCAGAUCUUUUUGGCAACGUGAAAGAAAAGUCAGUGAGUAGCCUUGCUGCAGCGCUGACAGUCCAGAACUCAAGAACACCUGCCAUGACCUUUACAGAGCGAGGCCCUCAAACACACAUGGGUGUGAGUGUUGUUGUGUGUGAGAAUGAGUGGGUGUGCCUGCACUCAAGAUCUGCCUACAUCCACCCUUCUCCUCUUCUAGCCCACAUCAGACUAAAAGUUUACACCCUGAUUUCUACCAAGAAUCUAAUCCCAAAAAGCCUUUCUCACCCGUUUGGUUCCCCACAUCACCCCCAUCUAAAUGAGCUCCUACCUGGGGGCCACCACAGAGAGGUGGAGGGCAGCCAGUCCUCCAGGGGGCACCACACUGACAUUCUAACAGACAGACAGAAUAAGUGCAGGGCCAGCAAAAAAAAAAAAAAAAAUACAAUCAGUUUCACAUGGAGGAGGACUGCUUGGUUUAAAGACUAUUUUUAAAAUGCAUGGAGAGACUGAUGGAUCAGCAUGAAGGGAUAUGACAAACGAACGAUGGAUGCCUUGUUUUGUUUGUACAUUUCACUGGUUUCUUUCCAGUUUCAUCACAUCUCUUGGACGUUCUGCUAGAAAGAAUUGCGUUAGGAUAUUUUGGUGCCCCCUCUGAAGAUCACUAUUUUACAUACCCUUUCUCUGUCAGCUUUUGACAUUCCUAACCUAACUGUUGAUCCUCUGCCAUCAUUCCUGACUUUUACUCCCGAGAACAAUUCCGUUGAUUCCUACUGUGGCACGUUUACCAGAUCCGAUCGGUACUAUUCCCCCCUCUCCUUUAGCCCUAUAGAGGAACCCUUUUAUCCCUGAGCUUCUCCGGAAAGGGGACGGUCACAUGGAGGUUGCACUUGUCUUUGUAGAUGUCCUUCAGGGAUUUGAAACCUUUGUACAUAGAACUGAGAUUUGGCAACGCAGACAAGCGAUCGUGGACAAAGUUUCAACACACAAGCAUCAUUCCAAAAAAAACAGAGGCCGUUGUUGGCAGAACUUGACUUCCUCUGGUGAGGUGGGGAGGCAGGGUGGGCUGCCAUGGCUCAACCCCAGAGGAAUGUUCAGACUGAACUGUGCCACCCGGUGGCUGACCGAGAGUACUGCACCGCCACACACCGCUGCUGCUCUCAGUGCCAACGCUCCAAGACGUUCCACUAUAUCUCUCCACUUAAUCUCUAUUUCUGUCACACACACACAUACAGACACACACAAGACUCGCAUCAUCACAAUUAGUCCAGUUGCCUAUUUUUCGCAAUAAAUGAAAAAAAGAUGACUAUAAGUAAAUGGUGAGAUAUUUUUAAAAACUAUUUAAUUCAUUAAAAAAAAUAGGAAAAAAAAAGAAAACAACUUUUCUCUGGUUGUUGUGACCGUGACAGAAUCUCGUCUUAUACUGAGGUGAUUGUGUUUGUCUAUUAGAGAUGUUUUUAUUUCUUUUGUCAUUACUAUUAUUAUUAUUAUUAUUAAUUAUUAUUAUUAUUGACAGAUUUUUUUUACACAGUUGUCACCUCUCCCCUCCCUCCUUACUUGAACAGUGCUGCUCUGUCUGGGCUCUUGAUGGUGAUGAAAAAAAUCAACAGUUUUGCAAUAAAGGGUACGUGAUGAGUUUUGUUUUUUUUUGCACCAAAACCUCCUGAUCUCACUCUUUCAGCCAUGCUGACUGUUCUUCCUGAUGACAUUGACAGAAUCGCGUCUUGUCUGUGUUUUUCAUUGACAGAUUUAAUAAAAUUGUAAAUUAAUGGA